GGUAAACCCUAGCCGCGACUGCGCCGCCACCCACCCGGAGACCAGCAGCGCAAGCAACCGGAGGGCGAGAUGGCGCGCGGCGUGGCGGUGGCGGCGAAGGGCGGCGCGGGCGGCAAGAAGAAGGGGUCGGUCUCUUUCGUGAUCGACUGCACCAAGCCCGUGGAGGACAAGAUCAUGGAGAUCGCUUCGCUGGAGAAGUUCCUGCAGGAGCGCAUCAAGGUCGCCGGCGGCAAGGCAGGUAACCUCGGCGACUCCGUCACCGUCGCGCGCGACAAGACCAAGGUCACCGUCACAUCCGACGGAGCUUUCUCCAAGAGGUAUCUGAAGUAUUUGACCAAGAAAUACUUGAAGAAGCACAAUGUUCGGGACUGGCUGCGUGUUAUUGCGGCUAACAAGGACCGCAAUGUCUAUGAGCUCCGGUACUUCAACAUUGCUGAGAACGAGGGCGAGGAGGAAGAUUAGAGCAUUCCACAUAUAUCUUAGUUUUGGACUUGUUGAAUUUUGAUACUUGAUCUGAGUACCUCUAGUUGUUCAAUCCAUGUUAUGCUAUGCUGUGGUCAAAUUGGAUGGUUAAUUUGAAGAAUCCUUAUAUUUGUUCGCCUCAGCUUCAUGAAACCUGCUGCAUGUCUAGACUUGUGAGCCUA